UGAAAUUAAAUUCAAAGUUUCAAAAAAUGCAGGCCAUCAAGGAGAAGAUCAAUGACUUGAAGGAAAUCCGAAAAGCUAAGGCUGAAGCAAAAGAAGAUGAAAGAGCGGAGAAAGAAAUGGCGAAAUCUCGAAUCGAGGUGGCUCAUGAGGUGAGGAUGGCGAGAGAGGCGGAGGCAGCGAUGGAUUAUCACGUGCAGAAAGCGGCAGAGAAGGCGGCUGAGCACGAGAAGAAGUACCCUCUGCCAGGGCACGCCGGGGGUGAGCAGGCCGACGAUAGCCUCUCUGUUGGAUCUCAGGGCCGGACUAAUUCCUCUGGACCCGCAUCUGCUGGUUACAAUUCAUCAUCAGCAGAAUUGUCUAAUAAUUACAGCAGCAGCGCCGCGGCUGAGUCCGGCCACAACAAGGCCACUUACACCGACGCGCCCUCAACCCUCGCGGAGGAGGACGCCGUCUACCCGUCUAACAAUCCGCAAUAGAUUCAUCCAUGUAUAUUAUAAUUGCAGAUGCAUUGCUUUUUGCAGUCAGCUGCUAUUUAUUUUUUUAGUGUGAUUGGGUGUGUUUCUGAACAUAUUGGAUUUUAGUUUUUUGUGGUUAAAUAGUUAGUUAUGCAAAAGAGUAGAAAUGAAGUUGUAAUUGGAUUAGAAGAAGCAUUUUAUUUUGUCAUCUAUGCUAUCACUGUAUUUUUUGAUCGUGUCA